AUGAUCUCUGGCAGAGCCUUCCGGAUGAAGUGGCCGAGGCUUGAAGACGCCGUCCGGCCGCGGUUCCUGAACUGGAAAGAUCCGGUGGGAGCUGGUUGCAAGCCGCAGUUGGCGGAGCUUUGGAACUUCGGCCGGUUCCAGGACAACUUUCGCCCCACCCUGACCCUGGCAAAUGGCAGCGUUGCCAUGAUGCACUUCACCGGGAACUGGGGCAUGCUGCCGCCAAAGUGGGGCAACCUCUCCGGUAUAGGGCUGCCGGACGUGGGCAUCCGCGAUGCCUUCCCGCUGCGGGGGCAGGCGCCAGGCUGUCUACUCCACUUCGUCAUGGGCGCAAAGGAGUCCCUACUGAAGGACGUGGACAGGGCUUUGGGGCACCAGCCCCCCGGCCAGAUUGCUCUUCAGCUCCGCACGGGGGAUGCGGUGAAGAACUCCAUCUCAGGCUUGGCGGGUAAGCUGACCGGUCCGAAGUGCGUCGGGCUCUUCGAGACGGAUAACUUCGAUGCCAGGCACACCAUCCAGGGCCUGGGACCCCAGAGCGGUGCCACGGUCCUUCGGGCGUCCGGUAUCGAUCCGAAGCACAGCGUGCAGGACUCCGCCAUCUCCAUCACCUUGGCUUCCAUGAUCGCCAUGGCAUCGCACGAGGUGCUCCUGAAAACAGCUGGUUCUAUCGGAGAGAUCGCGAGGCAGCUGGGCUCCGGGAUUCGACCCGGUGGACGCUGGUUCCUCUUCGAGACCUUCCUGAAAGAGCGGGCUGCGCGGAACCAGUCCGAAGACAACCUAGCCAGGCUUUGCGACCCGGCCUUCCACCCAGCAGGCUGA